GCACGGCGAGUAGGAGUGUUGUAGCUGCUCGAACGCUCAAUAUUCCCUUCCUCUCUUUUCUGGACCAUUAUUGCGUGUGUGUGUUGUUUUUUCUUGCGUGAUAUUUUUUUUUUAGAUUAUAAGUCCUCUUGUGGACAGGGGAGAGUGUUUUGUGAUUUGUUUCAGCAUAUGAAAUGAAUGUCAGAGAUGGAAACAGUAAUAGUCCUGUUAUUUAUCGUUACAAAUAGUGCGAGAAUAUAAAUACCGGAUGAAAAACAUUCGACUAUUUACCGUGUGUGUUGUUACAAUAAUGGAUACUGCUCCAGGAUUAAUCAUCCAUCGGUUCGCCAUUGUGCUCCUGCCGCUACUGCUUGUAUCCGUGUCUGGACAGCAGCAGUAUUUUCGCAUCCAGCCCAAGGACGUGAAGGUGCACGAGGGAGGCGAAGCCUUGCUGGAGUGUGAAGUGACGAACCAAGCUGGACAGGUGCAAUGGACCAAGGACGGCUUCGCUCUAGGUUUCAGUGCCAUCAUCCCUGGGUUUCCACGCUAUUCAGUAGUUGGUGAUAGUCGAAAUGGUGUAUACAACCUGAGGAUUGUCAAUGCAUCACUAAGUGAUGAUGCAGAAUAUCAGUGUCAGGUUGGUCCAGCAAGGUUCAACAAAGCAAUCCGAGCCAAUGCCCGGCUGAGCGUCAUAUCACCUCCGUCCUCUAUUGAGAUUGUUGAUCAUGCACCUAAUUCCAAGAUUGAGAUCAGAGAGAACCAGGAAUACCAGUUGGAAUGUCUAGUGAAGAAUUCAAAGCCAGCAGCAAAAAUAGUUUGGUACCGAGGCAAUGUGGAGUUGAAGUUGGAUAAACGUGUGGACACAACAACAGAGGUGAAUGAACCAUCAGGUUCUGGCAGGCAUGCUAAGCGUUACAAUGUGCUGAGUCGCAUCAAACUGCAGCCCACGUCAGAGGACGACUAUGAGGGCUACACUUGUGAAGCUCGGCAUGAGGCUUUGCCCCCUGACAUGCCUCUCCGUGUCACUGUGCAGCUCAGUGUGCUAUAUCCACCUGGCAUACCUUACAUUGAAGGCUACACAGAGGGAGAAACAAUUCGCCGUGGGCAGACAGUGGAGCUGACCUGCAAAUCUCGAGGUGGAAACCCUCCUGCACAGCUUAUCUGGUACAAGAAUGGUGAGCAGAUCCGUAUGGCAUACCGAACAGCAGGACGGGUCUCAGAGAACAUCUACACAUUCACUGCUGAUGCGACAGACAACAAAGCUAGGUAUCGCUGUGAGGCCUCCAACAUCAUGAGCCAGGGGCCUCUCAAAACUGAAAUACAGCUGACAGUCCUGUUUGCUCCAGCUCAGGUUAGCAUCUCAGGUCCGACAGAGGCCAGGAUAGGUGAUUCUGUGCCCCUCACGUGUACAACAGCCAACAGCAACCCACCUGCGGAGAUCAAAUGGCUUGUAGCUGGCAGACAUAUUCGAAAUGCAACAAGUCGCACUGUGGUAUCUCCUGAAGGGGGCUGGAUCACAACUUCAAAUAUUACUGCAGUUGUUGCACCCAACAAGAGAUCAUUGGUUGUGAUAUGUCACGGCAUUAACAUGCAGCUCACAGAGAACAUUGUCAGCACCCAUACUAUCAAUGUACUCUAUCCACCAAGUCAGCCAAUUAUUCAUGGCUACACAGAGGCAACAAGCAUUGCAGUUGGCACAGUGCAGAAGAUAUCAUGCAUCUCGUCUGGUGGGAAUCCCCUCGCAACUCUCACAUGGUACAAGAAUGACAAGAAAAUCAACUCAGUAACUAAAGUAAAUGACAGAUCGGUGUCAGCAGAGGUGAACAUACUGGUGAAUGUGACAGACAAUGAGGCACGGUACAAGUGUGAGGCAUCAAACUCAGCAACUGAGAUUCCGCUCUUUGAGACAGUCACCCUUAAUGUCUACUUUCCUCCAGACCAUGUUGUCAUACGGAAAGAUCCCCCAGAGCUGAAGACUGGGACAAUAGCAACACUGACCUGUGACUCCAGCUCAAGCAACCCUGAGGCUCGACUCAGCUGGUGGCGGGAGGGUAUACCUGUUCAAGGAGUCACAAAUGUAACCAAACCAGGGCUUCAUGGGGGCAAAGUGUCUAGUAUUAUGCUGUCCCUGGACAUCACACCAGAGCUCAAUGGCAUUGUCUACACCUGUCAGGCCACCAAUGAGGCACUGCAGAGAAGUGUGCAUGAUGCCAUCACACUGGAGGUCCUGUACAAGCCAAUAUUUUCUGAUGUUCCAACGGAACAACAGACUGGCAUUGAGGGGCAGCCAAUGGUUCUGUCUCUUCAGGCUACAGGGAACCCUAGUAAUAUUGUGUACACAUGGACCAAGGAUGGAAUAGAUGCUGGACAGGACUUACGAGUGUUGGUUGAUGGUCCAGUCCUGAACAUCACAAAACUGCGAAAGGAGGACUCGGGUGUGUACAUGUGUGAAGCAGUAAACAGUGAAGGCUCCACUUCUGUCAAGUUCAACCUCACCGUGCAGUAUGCUGCAGUCAUAAGGGAUGCACCAGAGUUUGUGAUGGUGAAUCCAGGGGAGAAUGCACAUCUGCACUGUGUGGCAGAAGGCAACCCUUUGAGUGAGAGCCACAUCAGCUGGCGCCGGGAGGGCUUCAGUGAUAGUGACAUGGAACAGCGUACCGAACGCACAUAUCGUAAUGGCACUUCCUAUCUUGUUGUCCAGACCCCAACCAGAGAAGACAAUGGAAAUUUCUACUGUGUGGUCAACAAUGGGAUCGGCAGCGAAACAACCAGACCAGUGUAUCUAGUGGUGAAAUACAAGCCUGAGAUGGAUACAUCUCCUCAGAUUUCCAAGGCUGCAAGUAAUACUGGUGAUACAGGUCGCCUUGUCUGUCGAGCAUCUGGUGCACCUAAGUUACGCUUUACGUGGUCUAGAGAGGGAGCCACUAUACCUGUUAACACCACUGAGAAAUAUUACAUUGACUCUCACCAGGUGGACAUUGUGAAAUAUGAGUCAGUGUUGUUAGUUAAACAUGUGCGGCCAUCGGACUAUGGAGGCUAUGAAUGUGUGGUGAGGAAUGAGAUGGGGUUUGCCACUGCUACUGUGAAACUGGAUGUAACUUCUGCACCAGACCCUCCCACAUCUAUGACGGUCCUCAAUGUCACACAUGAUUCGGUGCUGGUUGGUUGGGUUCCAGGAUUUGAUGGUGGCAUGGAGCCAUCAUACAGGAUACGGUACAGGCCUACGGCCGCAUUUGGGGAAGGUUACCGGUACAUGGAUGUGAUUGGUAGCAAUAUCACCAGCUUCACAAUCACAGGACUUGCCAUGGCGACAGAUUACACUAUCAGCAUCAUGGCAUUCAACAAGUUGGGGAGCAGCAAGUAUCUGCCAGACACACUGCGGGCCAAGACUUCCAGUGAAGGGGACCUCCAGCAAGUCAUCCCUGACAUCCUUCUUGGCAAAGGGGACAUCCCCCGCUUGGUUAUCAUUGGAGUGUCAGUUACAGGGACACUGCUUGUCCUGUUAAAUGUUGGGCUUGUCGCCUGUUUCAUAUAUAGGAAGAGAAGCAAGCGGCUGCAAGAAGGUACUGUAGGAAGUGUGCUUGCAGCGAGUGAACAGAGCAGCAGUAAGUCUGCCACCAUUGAGAUGUAUGCCCCAAGCAGUUACAAUGAGACUGUCACUGGAGAGACCCUCAGUUCUGUGUCAGAAAAGAGCGAGAGUUACUCAAAUGGAGACAGCAACCAAGAGUACCUGGAGGAUGGAACAAAGGCAGCAGCAAGUACGUACCUGAUAGACCAAAUAGAGUACCCAUACCCAUACCCAACAUAUGAGAUGCAACACCAGCCAAAACCACACCAUGAUGAGCAGGAUGUGAGGAAUGCAUAUAGCCAUGUUGUGGAUGGUGCCAAGCUGCACUACACUGCUGCUGGCAACAUCGCAACAGCACAUCCUGUUGUGGAUGGGCAAUACUACAACAUCUCACCUGAUGCCCGCUACAUCCCAUACCCUCCACAGCUUGAGUUCAGCCACAUGGGUCAACCUGUGAUGCCUGGUACUGGUUCCUUGCGCCGCCUACAACAUAGAGGCCCUGUGGUACCACCGCCUGAUGUGACUGUCUCCCACAAUCCUCCUCCACACUCUGCCCUGUCAACACAGCAGCAGCAGCAGCAACAACAACAAAAUGGCCCCACAGCACCCACGCCUCUCCUCUCAACAUUCAACCCCACUCUCAGCUACCCAGCCACCAUGGAGACAGAAGGCCACCUCGUGUGACUUACACUCAGGCCAGUGUGAGUGAUUUCUAUGAGACAGGCAGUGUCUGGUGCACCAGCCUCUCAUUACUUUGCUUUACUCUGAAGCCACAGGUUUUUGUGCUGGAGUGCUGGACUUAUGGAACACAGUCCCUUUGUGUGUGAUUCUGAUCAGCUUGCACACAUUGUUGCCCUUAUCACACAAGUACUGGAAGCAACAAUGUCAGGUCAAUCAUGCAGUGAUGCAGGUCUUUACUGCUGUUUUUUGUUUUUUAAUUUGAGAAUACAUUGCAACUUCAGUAUUAUGAAAAUUUAUAAAAUAUGCAAAAAUAUUCAUUCUAAUGGAUGUUCAUAAUAUCUGAUAAAGUUUGAAAUAUGUAUCUACAAGUCUGGCCCUUAACUUCUCAUUAUGCGUUUUAUAAUAUGGCACUAAGGUUUAAGUAAUAAUGUGGGUACGGCAGUAUUUCUUCAUCUUUGGAAUUGUUGUCAUGAAGUAUGAACACAAUGAAGAUUAAUCCGGUAUUCUCACUGUUGACAUCGUCUGAACCAAAGAGUUAAAAGUUUUCUUAAACAUACAUAAGCACUUCUACAUGUGACCGACUACUGAUUAGGAGCCGUCCUUCAUGAGAAAAAGUCCUGCCCACUAUUUGUUGCAUGCUUACAUGUCCCACCCACAUUCUUCCCAUAAUUGGCUGCAUGUACAUAUAUGAGAAAAAACAUGUCAACUAGCAUCAGACUUCAGUAGCAAAUUUGAUAUGAAGCAGUUUAAAUUGUUCCGGUGUAGUACUUACUUACAUAAAGUGUGUUAUGGGUUACACCAAACUUUAUGACAUACAUAAGAGAUGGUUGUGAAACAGUCAUCAUACACAUACCUGACUGUGAAGUGCAUGUUACAGUACUGCCAUGUAAACUGUACAUAAACACAUAAAUGUUGAAUUUUCUAACCCAAAUAAAGUGAACAUAUGAGAGAGAGUUUGUAAACAGAUCACAAA